AAAUAUUCCAAGUCAGAAACAUGGACUCCUGUGGCUUAUUCAGUGGCGCUAUCAGAGUUAAAAACGAGCCUUGUGAUAUGUCGUUUACCGGAGAUGAUUAUAAAACUAUCGACAACACAUCCGAUACUAAACAUUUUUAACACUUGACGUUUUUACAAGGAAAUACAACCCAAAAGUUUUAAGAAUAUGACGAAAAUCGAGAAAAUGAACUCGAUGAAAAUAUAGAAAUAGUUGUCGAAUGUCAAGAUGUCAAACCUGACAUUAAUUUAUUGCCAGUUAGGAAGACGGAUGAUUAUUCUAAAAAUUACUUACGGAAUAUGAAAUACAGCGAAGAUUAUAAAACUCAACCCACAAUUAAAACAGAAACUCCUGUAAAAAAGGAAUGUUUUAGUGAUGAAACAACAAAAUUAUAUUCCGACUGUGAACUCAGAGCACAAAAUGAAAAAAGAAGUCCAGUUGAUAAGGAACACAGUGAUAGAGGUCACAUGUGUGACUCGUGUGGGAAGAAAUUUUCAACAAAGGGCAAUCUCAAAACCCACGUCAACUCAAUGCAUAAUGGUACGAAACAUACAUGCGAUGAUUGCGAAAAAUCAUUUACACAGAAAGCUCACCUCAAAAUCCACAUCGACUCGGUGCAUAAUGGUACUAAAUAUAAGUGCGAAGGAUGCGGAAAAGCCUUUAAACAGAAAGGUUAUCUCAAAAUCCACAUGAACUCGGUACAUAAUCACAUCACUCAUCCAUGUGACAUAUGUAAAAGAAAAUUCGCAAAUAAGCGUACUCUCAAAAGCCACAUCGAUAAGGUGCAUCAUAAAAUCACUCUUGCAUGCAAUUUUUGCGGAAAAAAAUUCUCAACUAAGAGAAAUCUCAAAGUCCACAUGGAUAUGGUGCAUUAUAAAAUCACUCAUGCAUGCAAUUUUUGCGGAAAGAAACUCUCAACUAAGAGAAAUCUCAAAGUCCACAUGGAUAUGGUGCAUUAUAAAAUCACGCACGCAUGCGAUUUGUGCGGAAAGACAUUCGCAAGUAAGAGUAAUCUCAAAAUCCACAUCAAUGCCAAGCAUAAAAGUAACACUCGCACCUUUGAUUCAUGAGCAAAAAUAAGCAGUCAUCGAAAUAAUCUUAGUAAGCGCGUCGAAUCGUCGCCUACCAUUUAUGCUUGCAACACGUGCGGAAAGGCAUUCGGACGAAAAAGAAGUCUCAUAGCUCAUAUUAAUAUGGCUCAUCACUAACAUUAUACGACGUAAUAAAUGAAUUGAGUCUACCAAGCCCCUAUGGGCGAUCUUAUGAAUUUGUAGCAGACUACACUCUAAUCUAAUUUCAAUAGACUAAUGAAGAAAUA